AUGUCUCCUGGCACUUCCAAAACCUUCAUCGGUGCCAUUGACCAGGGCACCACCAGCUCUCGAUUCCUCAUCUUCAACAAGCAUGGCGAGGUUGUGGCGCUGCAUCAGCUCGAGUUCAAGCAGAUCUAUCCCAGCCCUGGCUGGCACGAGCACGACCCCGAGGAGAUCAUCUCCUCCGUUGAACGGUGCAUCGACGGCGCUGUCCAGAAGUUUGAAGCUCAGGGCCACUCUCGUGAGCAGAUUGUCGCCGUUGGUAUUACCAACCAGCGUGAGACCACGAUAGUGUGGGACAAGACCACAGGAAAGGCCCUGUACAACGGCAUUGUCUGGACCGACACUCGAAACGUUGACAUUGUCCGCCGCCUCAAAUCCCGCAUUGGAGCUGGAGAGCUCACUGCCCGCUGCGGACUCCCGCUGUCAACGUACGCGUCUGUCGGCAGACUUCUGUGGCUCCUUGAGAACGUGCCCGAGGUCAAGGACAGCUAUGAAAAGGGUAACUUGGCCUUCGGCACCGUCGACUCUUGGCUGGCCUACAAGUUGAACGGCGGCACCGCCCGCAACGUCCACGUCUCGGACCCCUCCAAUGCGUCGCGGACCAUGUUCAUGAACAUUCACACCCUGGAAUACGAUCCCGAGCUCAUUUACUGGUUCCGAAUUGACCGUAAAAAGGUUGCUCUGCCCCAGAUUGUCCGCUCCUCUGAUGCGGAGGCGUACGGCUCGCUCGCUACCAGCAGCCUCAAGGGCGUCAAGAUCAUGGGAUGUCUGGGUGAUCAGUCUGCUGCCUUGGUUGGCCAAAAGGGCUUCAAGCCUGGUCUGGCCAAAAACACAUAUGGUACUGGCUGUUUUUUGCUGUACAACGUUGGCGACAAGCCCGUCAUCUCUACCCACGGACUUCUCUCCACCGUCGCAUUCGACUUUGGCGAGGGCAAGACCAUGUAUGCGCUGGAGGGCAGCAUUGCCGUCGCUGGAUCUAGUGUCAAGUUCCUGGUUGACAAUUUCGGCUUCAUCGAGUCCUCUUCGAAGUUGAGCGCCUUGGCUGAGACGGUUGAGGAUAAUGGCGGUUGCACGUUCGUCACUGCUUUCAGCGGCCUCUUCGCUCCGUACUGGAUUGACGAUGCCAGAGGGACCAUUUUCGGCAUCACCUCCUUCACGCAGCGUGGUCACAUUGCCCGUGCCACACUCGAGGCCACCUGCUUCCAGACCAAGGCCAUCCUCGAUGCUAUGGCCAAGGACAGUGGCAAGAAGCUCUCUGAGUUGGCCGUUGACGGCGGCAUGUGCAAUGCUGAUCUUAUCAUGCAGACUCAAUCCGACAUCAUUGGUAUCCCUGUCAACCGACCUGCCAUGCGCGAAACAACUGCCCUGGGUGCCGCCAUUGCCGCCGGUUUCGCCGCCGGCGUCUGGGAGUCCUUCGACGACCUCAAAGACGUCAACACCGAGGGACAGACUGUUUUCAAACCCCGCAUCACUGCGGCGGAGGCCAACAAGAGAUUUGAGCGCUGGGAGAAGGCCGUCCAGAUGACCAAGGGCUGGACCACAUCGUAG